AUGGACACCUUCACCACCUGCCGGACAAAAGAGUAUCCACUCAGCAUUGUACAUCCGAUGGAAUCGGCACACGUGCUGAUUUCGUAUCAUGACAGACUCAAGGGGCUACAACCAAAACUCUUUGGGGCCGAAAACCGAGCCUGCGUCAAUCUAUGGCAGUGCCAGGAAGACGGCCAAUUUCGGCAUGCAUGUGUACGCAACCUAUCUGAACUUGAAUCAUACCUUGAAACCGAAGGACCAAAAGGCCAACUUCACCCUCAAUGUCGGUUUGUAUUCGUCAACGCACACAAUGGGUCUUCCACAGAGAGGCUGAAUAUUACAAAGGACAUGAUGAGCGAAAUUUUAAGCUAUCAUCAAGUCAUGCCGUCAUUCAUUGAUCUCAUGGCUUCAUUUGGUCGUGGAGCUCCAUAUGACUACCAGUAUUGCGGUUUCAGAAGCGACAUACGCCUGUCGAUGAGGAACAGUGCCCUGGCUGUUCCCAGAAUAAAGAGGUCAGGCCAAGUUCUGGAACUAUGCUAUAGUCUGCGCGCUGUUGAGCCCAGCACAUCACUUCCGAAUUGGCCAUGGUCGAUUAAACAGCUGGCAGUCUCUCAUACGAUUGACGUUGAAACUGGCCAGUCAACCUGGCUAGUAUUCAAAGCUGAUGACACGAUCAAAGAUCGUAUCAUGUCAGCCACACGAUCAGCCUCUCUUCCACAGGUCAACGCCUUCCAGGACGCAAAUGAGGCCCUGGCCUCUUCAUUUGGCAUUCACCUCAUUUUGUGCCAAUGGGCAGCCGAGCACUGGAGAUGGUAUGUCAACUUUCUAGAGCAGAAGGUGCAAGACAUCACGCGUGUUAAGGUCUUCGGUGCGGUGGAGCCUCCUCGAUCUCCUCGCUCCGCACGUCAGGCCCUUGCAAAGAUUAACCCUGCCGCAAGAUCAGCCACCUUCUCACUUUCCAAAACCCUUAGUCGCAUCAGCACUUGGGGCUCAGUCCGUCAAUCCUCACAACGAUCAAGAGGGAGCGCCCCAGAUCUCAGCGAACAUGUCUCAACUCCUGGACUGUCAGAAAAUAGUACAAACCAGCUAUUGACCAAAAAGGAAGUUAUAGAAGAAGACGAGGAUGUUGGGUUUUCACUCGAUGAUCUUCAGCAAAUUCAGCAUAUUGAAGAGCAAAUUCAACAAGCCAUGCUAGUCCAGACUACAGCUGUGAAGGUUCUCGAACAACUCCGCAACUUCUACCAGAGCCUCCAAGAACAUCCGGAGUGGCAUUUAAACCUCUCACCAGCGUCUAGAGGCAGUCUAACUCGAUUCUGCAACCAUAUUGAGAACAUCCAAUUUGAUCUCAAUUCGCAAUAUACUAGAUCGGAAACACUAGUGACACUUCUAGCAAACAGAAAGAAUCUGCUUGGACAAAUCUUGGAAUGGCGAAGUACAGAAGCCAUCAAGCUGAUCUCCAGGCAGAGUCAUGCCUCCACGGAGCACAUGGAAUCCAUGACUGACGAAAUGCGUGAACUUGCAGUCAAGACAAAGCAAGAGACUGUUUCCAUGCGCAUCAUCACUCUGGUCACACUUUUCUUCCUACCGGGAACUUUCAUAUCUGCGAGUCGACAAGUCUCCGGAAUCUCGUUACGGUAUACUUAUUGA